GUCAGAACUGGGCAGGGCUGCUAUAGAAAUGCAUCUACUAGAAUCGGCCGCACCUUCUUUCUUUUUGAACAUAGGCAGUGACCACAAGGGGGCAGAUGAUAUCCAGAAACCAUCACACAAGUUUCCCAACCCUCCUUGCGCAGUGGAUGCGUUUCCAUCCAUGGAAUUAUAUGAAGAAGACGGCCAGCAGGACGCAGAGGAGUGCCCCGUGUGCUACGAGUGUCUGUCGGGCACGGAGAGGACCCUGAGCUGCGGACACGUGUUCUGCCAUGACUGUCUGGUUAAAACGCUGGUCAGCAUCUACGGCGAUGGAAACAUCAGAGACACCAUUGUUUGCCCCAUCUGCCGACACCUUACUUUCAUCAAGAAACAGAAGGAGGCAUUCGUGGCCGUCGCCGCGUACAAGGAUCCAGGUGAAGGGCAGACCCUCGAGGUACCUCUGCCUCCGCCACCGGGACGGCUCCAGGGCGCGCGGCGCGCCUCCGGGGGCACUUCGCCGGCAGAGGUUAACUGGAUAGCUCGCUGUUACGGGCUGAUGGCUGAUCGAUUCCGUCGACAGAUGUUGAUCAGUCCCCGACACACUCAGAUCUUCAUCAUAAGUGCCCAAGGGCGACCAAUGGCUGAAUACGACGCGCUGAGCGUUGUGAUGACUGUGGUUCAGCCCCGGCGCAGGCGAAGGGUCAGGAUUUGCACAAGUGCGCGAUGCCUCCUCGUUUUACUGUCAUUAUUUACUAUACUGGCACUAGCGGCUGCGACUUUACCUUGGAUUUUUCUUGCAUAGCCCAGUGAUGUCUGCAUUAGGAAGGUCAGUCAUGGAACGAUACAACUAAAAAAGGGCAAUGACGUACAUCUUACUUACUUACUUACUUGUCUUACUGAUGCAUUUCGGGAAAUAAUAAAUACGCUGAAAAUGUACCAUCUUAUAAUGUUAAUAUACUUUGGAUUGCAACAAUG